AGUGCCCCAUAGCCUGGUCGGGUUUCAUCGCCUGCUCGUUCAGCAAGCCUAGCUCCACAGCCAUGCCGUUGCGGACAGCGUUGACAGAAAUGUUGGGCAUCGAGCAUCCCAUAAUCCAAGGAGGCAUGCAGUACGUGGGUUAUGCGGAGAUGGCAUCAGCUGUUUCCAACGCAGCUUGGAGUGGCACUGGGAACAUCCUGUUCAUUUUCCCGCACGCUUUGAAUCCGCGCUCCAGUGGGCGAUUGUUGUGGCAACGCGCCGCUGCAAGAACACAAUUACAUGCAACGGGCAAGAACAUGAUAGGGUGAUAAUGCAUGAUAAUGCCAAGUGUGCAUAGUGUGGUGCGGUUCGGUGCUGCUGACAAACUCAGGGUGCUGCAGUUGUUUGGCACCAUCGAAUCGGCUCCAUGUGUCACAUAGUGCAGUUUGAUCAAGUAGUUGCUCAUGGGCCACAGCGCGUGUCAUCGAUCAAUGACACUCAUUCUGCGCCAGAAAAUGCCAGACGUCCUUGUAGAAAAGGACGUCGUUCCACAGGCUGGAGGAUUGGGCAUCCUAACAGCUUUGACGCAACCAUCCCCGGAAGCUUUACGGGCUGAUGCUUGGAGGCCUUCAGUUGCACAGUGCAACACAUUUUUCAGCAAACAACCCCAUAAAAGACAAUUUCAUAGUGACUAACUAAGACUUGGAACUGAGGAGAUCCACAGGUGUCGAACGAUGACGGACCGAAUUUUGCAAGUUUGUUCCUUUUUUUGGGGGGUUGAUUGACAACAUGGCUGUCACAGUUGCGGCAGCAUUCAUUGUGGAGUGACACACUGUGCAUGGCGUUGCUCCACAACAUGCAGGCACAUGAUACGUGGUGGGGCGGCGGGGGCAGGACAAACCAUUUGGAGUGAAUUUGACAAUUUUGCCCGCCUUGAUUCCAGCAGACCCUCGGCCAGCAAGUCUGGAAAGUGUGAAAGGCGGUGCGUGGAGGGGUGGUUCUUUAUGAUUUAUUUGUGCCAUGCUGCACUGCCAAACGUGAAAUGCAUUGAAAUGCCACCCGAUUGUACAGCCAUAGUCAUAGUCAUGCCGUUUUUUGGCCGUUGACACAGAGGAGAGUAGGGCAUUGUUGGAGCUGCGAUUCGACCAGAAAUGGCAGCAAAAUGAUGACAAAAUCUAUAUUUCUGGACACGGACACGGUGGACGCGUGAAGUCUGAGAACUUAAGCUUCGUCACCAACGAUUGGAUUAGGCAUCGCCGGAUACAUCUCUCUCUUUCUUUCUUCUCCUUUUGCCUCUCCUCCUCAUUCUUCUCGUCCUCCUGUUCCUCCCUGCCUGGCUGGCUUCCUCCCUUGCAAACAUCAUUGGUGCUUGUGCCAAUGCUUUCUCAAAAAGGUGCCCUCAAGUCUUUGAUUUUUUUCGAGUUCCAGUUGCUAGUCAAAGUUCACUCCCCUGGUUUGUGGCAUUUGCUGCCAGGACUACGAUUCUUACGCCCGAGUCGUUGCGGAGGAAAAGGUAGCUCUCGUAGAGUUAGCAGCUGGAUCACCCAAAAGGUACACGCCCAUGUGGAAAGCUGCAGCGUUCUCAGCUUCUAGAUGCUGUCAGUGAGCUCGCAACAUUUGGUAACCAUAAUUGUAUUGUGUAUAUGCAUACGUAUGUUAUGUUUUUUAAAGAUAAUCUAUGUACGAAGGACCACGGCGUUGAUGCAACAAAGCCGGCCAAGGCCGGGGUCAAAGUGCUGCACAAAUCGGCAACGAUGCGUCACGCCCUUAAGGCCCAAGAAGCAGGAGUGGACAUCAUCGAAAUUGUUGGCUACGAAGGUUCCAUUGCCGGGGGCCAGCCUGGUGAUGAGGUGGGUGCUUGGGUGCUCCUGGCAAAGGCAACCUCAACACUGAGAGUGCCAGUGGUUGCUGCUGGUGCUUCAGGGACUGGCCGUCAGCUUGCCGCUGCGUUGGCUAUGGGGGCGCAGGGAGUGACGAUGGCCACACGCUUCCUUUGCACGGUGGAGGCGCCCAUCGACAUGAAAAUCAAGGAGUGCAUGGCACGCCCAGAAGUUGACGAGAGGCAAACGACCAUUGUUUUGGGUACCUUGAGCAACGCCACCCGGGUCUUCAAGAACGGCGUGGCUGAAGAGAUACGGCAGAUUGAACGUCAAGGUGACGUUGACUUCAGUCAAGUGAUGCCACUAGCAUCCGGUGGCAGGACAAAGAAAAUGUGGCAAGAGACGGGCGAUACGCAAGACGCGAUGUGGAGUUGCUCUCAGAGCCUUGGUGUUAUCAGUGACAUCCCCACAUGCAAGGAGCUGUUGAGGCGUAUGGUUGCAGAGGCUGAGGAACGUCUCAACCACGGAGCGAAAUGCAUAAUCAACUCAAAGCUUUGAGUCUCUCAGCUUUGUGCUAAUGAGGGCCAGGGAUUCAGAUGAUUCCCGGUCAUGCAGUGCCAGGCUUUGAUCCGGGAU